AUGGAACAAUUUCAUGUUCUGGUCCGGAAACUCGAGUUGAAUCAAAAUGUAUGCUGUUCAGUCACGCAGACGUUUAGUAAUAUUCUUUUUUUUGUCGCAUGUUCGCGGGGAAUGACGUGGGAGUUGUUGGGAGAGUACGACACUGAACUUUACGCGGAUGUCGUUGCGUGGUGUCCGAGUGAUGCGGAUUCCGAAGUGCUGGUUUGCGGAACUUACCAAUUGUGCGAGAGCGUCGGCGAAGAUGUCGGUUUACGGAAAGGUGGACUGAUUUGCUUGAGACGGGAUGUGGAUGGGAAAGGAAUUCGUGCCACUGCAAGGGUGGAGGACGUUCCUGGAAUUCUGCACUUUACGUGGAAUCCGUCUACAUGUGAUCAGGUGUUGUGUACCGCGGAUGCCGAAGGAGACGUACUUCUUUAUCGGCUCAAUAGCAAAGAUGGCAGUGAUUCUUUUGAAAAGUUGACGAAGUCGUCAGCAAAAGUCGACGGUUUGGCACUCUAUGUGGAUGCGACACGAGACUGCAAACUGGUCGUUUCCACGAGCAAAGGAGCAGUAACUACUUACGACUCGCUUGGGGGAAGUCUCGAAGAAACUGCGUCUUUCGGUGCUCAUGAGUACGAAGCCUGGAUCGCUCAUUGGGACGUAAAUUCCGAAAGUAUUAUCUAUUCUGGUGGAGACGAUUGCGUUUUGCGUUGCUUCGACGUGAGAAGCAGUCCAAAAAGUGCGAGCGACGCAGUGGCAACGGUAAAACGAGCUCAAGGCGGAGUAACAGCAAUUGCCACUCAUCCUGACUAUGAGAACUUAGUUCUCUGUGGAAGCUACGAUGAGAAGAUGUAUAUUUUUGACAAACGUUCGUGGCGGCGAGAAGUAGACGCCUUGUCAUGCGAUGGCGGCGUUUGGAGAAUCCGUUGGCAUCCCGGAAGAAAAGAUCUCAUCGGUAUUGCUGCGAUGCACGGCGGAUUCUGCGUCGUUGAUGUUAAAUCCGCUGAGUGCAUGAAGUUGGUGGAUCGGUAUUCCACGCACAAAAGCUUGGCUUACGGGAUAGACUGGAGACCGAGCAGCAAAUCGGACCAUUUCGAAUUGGCCACGUGUUCGUUUUAUGAUCACUUGCUGCAUAAUGCUGAGAGUGAUUCCUCACAGUUUGCAGUGGGACCUGAACUCUUGGGUCUUGUUUCAACCUCUGGAGAGUGUGUCAUGGGGAGUCCAAGCCCUGGACAACAUCAGACGUCCGCGGCUUCCAUGAAGAAUUGGACGGAACAGGAUCUAGAGCAAGCUUUGGAUGCCCUGAGGCAGAAGACUAUGUCUUUGACGAGGGCCUCGGCACACUUCGGUAUACCUUCGACGACGCUUUGGCAACGGGCUCAUCGAGCUGGG